AGGCGGGGCAGAUGGUUCUCUGGGCUAAUGGCUUGGGCAACGGGGCGGGCUUUUAAUGAAGGGACGGCAGUGGGAAAGAUGGCGGCGACUCUGGGACCCUCUGGGUGGUGGCAACGGUGGCGGCGGCGUUUGUCGGCUUGGAAUGGGUCCAGGAUGUUGCUCCUUCUCCUUUUGUUGGGGUCUGGGCAGGGGCCACGGCAAGUCGGGGCGGGUCAAACCUUCGAGUACUUGAAACGGGAACACUCGCUGUCGAAGCCCUACCAGGGUGUGGGCACAGGCAGUUCCUCACUGUGGAAUCUGAUGGGCAAUGCCAUGGUGAUGACCCAAUAUAUCCGCCUUACCCCAGAUAUGCAAAGUAAACAGGGUGCCCUGUGGAACCGGGUGCCAUGUUUCCUGAGAGACUGGGAGUUGCAGGUGCACUUCAGAAUCCAUGGACAAGGGAAGAAGAAUCUGCAUGGGGAUGGCUUGGCAAUCUGGUACACAAAGGAUCGGAUGCAGCCAGGGCCUGUGUUUGGAAACAUGGACAAAUUUGUGGGGCUGGGAGUAUUUGUAGACACGUACCCCAAUGAGGAGAAGCAGCAAGAGGCCCAGAAGAGGCGAUAUUCUCCAGGAGUCCAGCGGGUAUUCCCUUACAUCUCAGCCAUGGUGAACAAUGGCUCCCUCAGCUAUGAUCAUGAGCGGGAUGGGCGGCCUACGGAGCUGGGGGGCUGUACAGCCAUUGUCCGCAAUCUGCAUUAUGACACCUUCCUUGUGAUUCGCUAUGUCAAGAGGCAUCUGACGAUAAUGAUGGACAUCGAUGGCAAGCAUGAGUGGAGGGACUGCAUUGAGGUGCCAGGGGUUCGUCUGCCCCGGGGCUACUACUUUGGUACCUCCUCCAUCACUGGAGAUCUCUCGGAUAAUCAUGAUGUCAUUUCCCUGAAGUUGUUUGAGCUGACAGUGGAGAGAACCCCAGAAGAGGAGAAACUGCAUCGAGAUGUGUUCCUGCCCUCAGUGGACAACAUGAAGCUGCCUGAGGUGACCGCCCCAUUGCCGCCCCUGAGUGGCCUGGCCCUCUUCCUCAUCGUCUUCUUCUCGCUGGUGUUUUCCGUAUUUGCCAUUGUCAUUGGUAUCAUACUCUACAACAAAUGGCAGGAACAGAGCCGAAAGCGUUUCUACUGAGCUGUCCUGCUACUGCCGCCCCUGUGGCUGUCACUAUGAGGUGUGGGAGGAGCAGGCACUGGCCUGAGCAUAUAGCCUGGCAGGCCUUCUCUAGUCUCCAACAGCUGGUCAGGGACUCUGUUCUGUCACUGGAACUUUGAAUGCAGGGACACUGCAUUACCAUGGUAAUCCAUGGGGACAUCUGACUCUGGUUCAGGAAGCCCACCUACCCCAGGGCAGUGCUGCUGUGACGUGCCUUUCCCUGCAGUCCUUCCACUUGGGAGCUAAGAGGAUAGAGAGAAUUUAUGUGGUUAUGGUACUAAAAUCACAGAAAAGAAUUUCAUAGCUCAGGCUGCCUUGUUGUUGGACUCAGAGGACCCUUGUACUUCAUUUUUAAAUCUGCAAAGAAUACAACACUGGUAACUCCCCAGACCUUCAGGCUUCCAUUCAUUGCUUUUCAUCCAAGCCUCUGUCCACUUGAGGAACUUUCGUUAGAAAUCUGGAUGGAAACUUCUUCCCUGCGUUGCCUUCUCCCUCCGUUCAUCGCUCUCUCCAAAUGCAGCCUGAGCUGGAAGAGACAUCUGGAUGCCUGUCUUUUGGAGCCUGGGGCUGCAGAACAAACUUAGGUUUUGCUGACCCUCAUUAGGUGGCCAUAGGGAAAGGGCUUUUUGCUUUGGCUCACUGCUCUAGUGAUUGUUCUUUAGCGUGAAACUUGGCUCUCUUGGUUUGUGACUUUCCCAGUUGGUUUCUUUAGGCCCUCAGUCAGGUUUGACACACUUGGUGUGCAAGUCAAGAGAAACUUGGAAGACUUCAUGGAUGUAAUAGGAGUAACUGUGAAACUGCCCAGCUCCAUGUUUUGACACCAAAAGCAACAUUUGCCAUGUGGAGAUGUUUCUGGACUCUGGAGCCUACAUGUUUUGUGUUUAUCAUGAUUUUUGGAAUCCCACUUUGAGUGUUCAAAAUGUAAGGAAGCUUUCUUUUUAUAGCCUCGGCUUGGAUACUCCCCAAAGAGGAAACUUGGCUUCUUUUUCUUAAUGGAUAAGAAACUGUUGCUGAACUCCUGUUGCAAAUCUGGGAGCAAUAGACCCUGGUCAUCUGUGCCUGGAAGGGUUCAUUGUCAUUAAGUGACAGAGGCUGAGUGUCAUCCACUGUGGGUCAAUCCUUGUUCCACUGCCUUAUCUGACAAGGGGUCAAGUGCUGCUCACCUGUCUGCCCUGUGGUUAAAUUGGCCAAUAGGCCAGUCUCCCUGGAGGGCCUGGAGCUCUGAGCCCUCCUAGCCAUGUACUUCUGUAGCCUAAGGGAAAUUCUUAAAAUGACUGAUGGAAAUCAAACAGUGUCCUUCCUUUGAGGGGUAGGUUUGGGGGAAGGUCUAGGCCUUCUUCUGAGCCCCAAGCCUGUCAACCCUUGCCCUGUCUUCUUUUGGGUUGGGAAAACCCUCAGCUCAGUCCGGAAGGAAAGGAGGGCACCUUGGCUGCAUAUAAGUUUCUGUCGUGUUGGGCUUUUUUCUGUCCCUCCCAUGUGCGUAAGUGAGCAUCACAGGCCACAGUGCUCUCCUGUAGGUGGGAGUAAAAUGGGGUCCUCCUAAGACCUUCCCCACAAGAGCCAGAGCAGCUCCAGGAUUGGGUGCCAGAGCACAAACUGUGACCUGGAGCUUGGCCUUAGCACCACUUGGAACUGACAAAGCAAACGGCUCUUUUGUCUUUUUUGAGCUCAGGGGGAGAUUGGCUAGACCCCUGUGGUGGGAGGACCUAGGUGAGCUCUUGAGAUAGCCCAGGCAGUGGUGUGGGAGGAAGGGGUCUCAUCAUGGGGGAGGGUGUGUGUGUGAGAUGAGUUUUUUAUGUUUCCCCACUCACGGGCUCCUUGAGGGUUUUUAAACAGGAUGGGGAAGACAUGAAAUGCAGUCCCCACCCAGCGUAGGGCCAGCCUUUGAGAUAUGUGUGAUGCAAGGAAACUGUCUAACCUAGCAUGGCAGGUCAUGCCCUAGCUCUUGCUUUUUGUUCUUAGAAAUAAAUAUUUCCCAUUGUGAAUGGAA